AAGAAAAAGAAGAAGGACCAGAAAGCUGUGGGAUGUUUCUUAAAUUAAUAAAAAAUCAAAGAUAUUAUUGCACCAACCGUAAAUGUUCCUUUAUAACAACACCUAUUUUCUAUGUAAAUGCCGCUCCGCACAUUGGUCAUCUUUAUUCGGCGGUGAUUGCAGAUGCAGUACACCGUUUCAACAAGCUUGCCUCUGGAAAAGAUGCACACUGCGCUUUUCUUUUCAGCACUGGAACCGAUGAACAUGGCACGAAAAUUCAACAAGCUGCUGCUGCUCAUUCCAUACCGGUUGAGAAUUAUUGUCAGAACAUUUCCGACCGAUACCGGAAACUGUUCCAUUGCUUUAACAUCGACUAUACGAGGUUCAUAAGAACAACAGAAGAAGAUCACACACAUGCUGUACAAAGCUUUUGGAACACUCUUGAAUCCAAUGGCAGCAUUUAUUCGGCUCAGUAUUCAGGAUGGUACUGUAUACCGGAUGAAACAUUCCUCACAGAAAGCCAACUCAAGGAGAAUGAACGUGGGGAAAAGGUUUCUAUUGAAUCUGGUCAUCGGGUUGAAUGGACUCAGGAAACUAAUUUUAUGUUCAAACUAAGCAAAUACCAUGACGAUGUACAUCAUUGGGUCAAAAGCUGUGAAAGUCGGAUACAGCCCACUAAGUUCCAAAAAAUUCUUUUGGACUAUUUAGAAGAACCGUUUCCCGAUAUUUCAAUUUCACGACCAAAAAGCCGCGUUCCUUGGGGCAUAGAUGUACCAUCCGAUGCUAGCCAAACGGUUUAUGUAUGGCUGGAUGCUCUGGUAAACUACCUGACUGUGGUCGGAUAUCCUAAUGCAGACUUCAUAAGAAGUUGGCCUCCCACGUUGCAGAUUUUGGGAAAAGAUAUUCUUAAGUUCCACGGUAUAUAUUGGCCAGCAUUUUUGAUUGCUGCAGGAUUGGAGCCACCCCAAAAGUUACUGGUACACUCACACUGGACAGUGGACAAUCAGAAAAUGUCCAAAAGUAAAUUCAAUGUUGUCGAUCCAGAAGAAAGGGCUGCUUCUUACACUCACGAGGGUAUCCGGUUCUUCCUGCUGCGAGAAGGUGUUGCUCAUAGCGACGGUAAUUACAACGAUACCAAAAUUUUACGCAUACUCAAUGCAGAACUUGCUGACACACUAGGAAAUUUACUCUCCCGAUGCUGUGGAAAGGUUCUCAAUCCAGAAGGAGUCGUCCCGUCUAUAGAUCCAGAAGCGCUUAAACAUCUUGAAUCAUUGGAUGUUACUAAGCGAGUGCUAGAACUUCUACAUGCCUUACCUGAAAAAUGCUUUGGACACUAUCGACAGUUUAAUUUUCAUUUCGUAGUAGAUAGUGUUGUUCAAUUGUUGCACUCCACCAAUAAUUUGUUUGAGACUACAACUCCUUGGAAACUGAAAGGUCCCGAACACAAAGCUCAACUUCAAGCUAUCCUCGGUAUCACCAUGGAAGUCUUGCGACAAACCGGUAUCAUUUUGCAACCGAUCAUCCCCGCGUUAUGCACACAGCUGUUGGAUAAGCUAAAUGUUCGCUAUGAGCGGAGGUACUGGAAUGAUUUGAAAGUACAAUGGAACGAAAGAGAGCGUCCUCUCGGAUCUACCGAUGCUGUCCUUUUCAGGAGGAUUAUAGUUCCCAAAGAACCCAUAAGGGAAAAAAAGAAAAACAAAAAAAAUGUAUAGAACGACGAACACGCUAGAAUACUUUUAAAGUUUGUUAUUGAUUAUUACACCUUUCAUGUUAACCGUAUCAACAACAAGGCAUUGGAUAUGGUUUUUAGAAUAAAAAAUAUACAUGCAAGUUGUCGACAGUUUUUGUAUAUUUCUACUAGCAGCAACCAGUUUGUUCUCAGAAUUGAAAGGAAUCCGCAAUUUGUCACGUUCGACAUCCAUAACAUAAAAAUGAAGAGUAGAGUGGUACUGCACUGAACCCAUGCAAUUGUCGCUAAACAACAAAUCGUUUAAAGUUUGAAGAAAAUACUUCAUAAAACAUAGGUAGCACAUCACCACAGAAAAAGAAAACGUCGACGUUCGAUAAUUACAUUCUGGCAACUGUUAUUUUCUGACGAGGAACUCUAA